AUGGUGCUUCGAUCCAAUGACAGUAUGCCUCGCACGCUCAGUCAAAUUAGUUUUUAAAUCCGUUGUUAUUUAUCAUGUAGCGCGGUCGGGAUGACCAGGGCGGUUUCUCUGCAGAACUAAAAAAUAUAUAUAAAUCUCCGCAGGCCGGCAGCUGAAAAACCAAAACAAUUUGCCAACACCACCGCCAGUAGUCAGUCCACUGUAUCAGUAUACACCCCAAGCCAUCAUCCAUGGCCUCGAUUUUCGUUCCACAACCUCCGCUCCUCCCUCUCUCCACGCCUUCGGCUUCUGCUCCGGCCGAUCGGACGCCGUGCUUGCCGCUGGUAACCCGUCCCGGUCAGAGGCUCUUCCUGGUAUCCGUCGCCACUUUGGGGGUUCGGAGGUCCUUCAAUGUCGCCGCCUCCGCCACCUUCAUGCCUAAUUCCGUACCGGAGAAAAAUGGAGUUCUUACUGUUGGCGAUUUUAUGACGAGAAGAGAGGAUUUGCACGUGGUGAAGCCUACAACGACUGUCGAUGAAGCUAUAGAGCUUCUUGUGGAUAACAGAAUCACUGGUUUUCCGGUGAUCGACGAUGACUGGACACUGGUCGGUCUUGUCUCGGAUUAUGACUUGUUAGCACUGGACACUAUUUCAGGUAGUGGAAGAACUGACAACAGCAUGUUUCCAGAAGUUGACAGCACUUGGAAAACUUUUAACGAGGUACAGAAAUUGCUCAGUAAAACCAAUGGUCAGGUGGUGGGUGAUGUUAUGACACCAGCCCCAGUUGUCGUUAGUGAAACCACUAAUCUUGAGGGUGUUGCUAGAAUGUUGCUCGAGACAAAAUAUCGAAGACUUCCAGUUGUAAAUGAAAGCGGCAAGCUGAUUGGAAUUAUUACAAGAGGAAACAUCAUAAGAGCUGCCCUUCAAAUGAAACAUGCUAGUGAAUCGAAAACAUAGCACGCAGACACAUUCGGAUCAAUAUCAUUUCCAGAUGUUUAUGGUGGAAUCACAGAAGACGUCGGAGGAAUUGGUCUGCUUUUUAGGUUCAAUUUCGACAAAGGAUUUGUAUAAAUCAGCAAUGAAAUUGAAAUAAUAAUAAAUAACACGGGAUCAGAAAGAAAAUAACGAUGCGUACGUAUUAGUAUAGGAGGAAUGUGCUGAAGUUGUUAAGAUUUCCUAGCCGUUAGGGUUAGGUUUCCUAGUUUGUAGGAUUGUUUUCAGUAGUUGUUAAUAAUCCCUAUUCUUUAGGGACAAGUUGUUUAGUUUGCUUCUGAUUUUAGUCAUGUACCACGUUAUUUGGUUUUUUAAAACGUGGGCUGCUUAUUUCUAGCUUUUAGCUUUUCUUGUAAGGCUAUUUAACACCGUUGUUGCUCUUUCAAUUGAAUAAUAGAUAUUCUCCCAACUA